AUCGUCUUGUUGUUCAGUGGAACGGGAUGACGCUUCUUGGGCGAUGGGUGUGGAGAGUUGGCACGGCCGGUGUUGGGGUUGUUGUGGGCACCGCGCUGGUGAAGAGCGGUCUCCAUGCCGAUGACGAUGCCGUGUCCGUGGCUUCUUCGGUGGGCAUGCCUGUGGCCCACGCCCAGUCCACCACCACGACGCCGCCAGCCCGGCUUCCAACACUGCCUUAUGGCUUCCCAGACAUGGGCCAGUUGAAGCAUCGCCCCUAUCAUGUCAUCUCAUACAACCAGGCGCUUCGUAUCCCCAACUGGGUGUGCGAGACCUUUGACGAAGAAACAGUCAAAGCUGGAACAACAGACCGGAAACACUGCCCAUUUAAGACAGACAACUCCAUCCACCCGUACUUUCAAUCCGUCGACAGUGACUACAGGGGAAGCGGGUAUGAUCGAGGUCACCUGGCCGCAGCCGCAAACCACCGCACGAGCCAAGAGCACAUGCAGUCGACGUUCUUCUUCAGCAACAUUGCACCGCAGGUUGGGCAGGGCUUUAACCGGGAUGCGUGGAACCAGCUCGAAGGAUACGUUCGCCGCCUCACAAAGGCAUACACACACGUCCAUGUCUGCUCAGGCCCACUGUUCCUUCCAACGCGAACACCGGAUGGCCGCAUGAUGGUUUCGUAUGAGGUGAUUGGGAAGAACCGCGUGGCUGUGCCGACGCAUUUCUUCAAGGUGGUGGUUGGCAAGACGCCCAAAGGCCAGCUUGAGAUUCAAAGCUUCAUCAUGCCCAACAAGCCCAUCGCUGCUGGUCAGCCCCUCAUCAACUUCCUCGUCCCGCUCGAAGACGUCGAGCGCGCAGCAGGCGUGCUGUUCUUUGAAGGCAUCCCGAACAAGUAUGCGUACACGUACCGCAAGAACGGCAAGCUGGGCGGCCGCUUUGACAAGCGUGACAAGACGUAGCAGCGAGGAGAAGGGCUUAUGAUUCUGCCUCGCUGCUCGUGCUGUUGUUUCUGCUGGCUCUGCUGCUUCAGCUCCUGUCUGUGCUACUUCAGCUGCUGUUUUCGUGCUGCUGCUACUACGGCUGUCGAUCAGUCACAGUCAAAGUCACAGCACAGCACAGCACAGCACAGCACAGCACAGCCACAGCACAGCACAGCACAGCACAGCACAGCACAGCGCAUGGCGCUUGGUCUCGUUGUGUCGUAGGAUAAAAAACCCACCGCCAACA